AUGCCGAUGCACAACGGUCUCCUCCCCCGCGAGGGCCUCAAGGCCGACGUCUUUGCGCGCCUCCUCUCCAACACAGCCUUCAACCCCCUCGUCACCCUACCCCUGCUCCUCCUGGCCCGCUUCACCCGGCGCGGCCAGGACCUCGGCAUCCUCCACCACACCGCCCUGUCCCGCGUGCGCGCCCUCUUCUACAUCGGCGUCGCCCGCUGGCUGAGCAGCUGGUACUCGGCCAAGGUCCUCAACAACUGGACUACCGACCAGUAUGACUGGCGGGGGCGUGAGAUCGUGCUCAUUACCGGCGGCAGCGGCGGGAUCGGGGCGCAUGUGGUGCGGUUUCUGAGCGAGAAGGCUUCAACCGUGCACUACUUCAAGUGCGACAUCACCAGCCCCAAGGAGAUCGCCGCCGUGGCCAAGGAGAUCCGGGCUCAGGUCGGCGACCCGACCGUGCUGAUCAACAAUGCCGGCGUCGCGAGGGGCAAGUCCAUCCUCGACUCCACCGAGAGGGAUGUGCGUUUUACCAUGGACGUUAAUACGCUUUCACAUUACUGGAUGGUUCAAGAGUUCCUGCCCAGCAUGAUCGAGAACAACCACGGCAUGGUCGUCACCGUCGCUAGCAUCGCAUCGUGGGUUACUGUCCCCAACAUGGUCGACUACGCCGCCUCCAAAGCCGCCGCCCUCUCCUUCCACGAGGGCCUCACCGCCGAGCUGUCGACCCGCUACGGCGCCCCCAAGGUGCGCACCGUGGUCGUCAACCAGGGCUACACCAAGACCCCGCUCUUCGAGGGCUACAACAACAGCAAGGGCUUUCUGCUGCCGACCCUCGAGCCCGAGACCGUCGCCGAGGCCAUCGUGCGCCAGGUCCUCAGCGGCCAGAGCGGCCAGGUCAUCUGCCCCACGCUCGCGAGCGCCCUGACCGGCCUGGCCGCCAUGCCGCACUGGUACCAGUACAACAUGCGCAAGGACGGCGCCGAGAUCAUGCCCACGUGGAGGGGCCGGCAGGUCGUGCAGGAUCUGGAUAAGUUCUAUGAAGCUAAGGAGAAGGAUGUCGAGGGGAGCACGGUGCUUGUGCCGGAGGAGUCCAAGUGA